AUGGCGAAGUGGUUGUCAGUCUUUGCAGAAUACAACUUUACGGUCGAGUACAAACCAGGACGACUUAAUGUCGUCGCUGAUGCACUCUCACGUCGUCCCGACUUUGGACCAGUCGUGAAACCCAACAGUGAGACAGCCACUGUUGCGGUUAUGACGUCCUCAGUUCCAUCUACAACGUUGUAUGAUGAUGUGAGGCGGGCAUACGCCCAAGAUGCCGUUUCUGGUGACACACCACGUGUUGUCAUUCCAGAUGAUACUGAUCUGCGUUUGCGGAUCAUGUUCGAGUAUCACGAUGCUCCUGUAGGAGGACAUCGUGGCCGGGAGAAGACAUAUGGCACGGUGAGUCGAGACUUUUACUGGCCCCGCCAGUAUCAGUUUGUGCGAAACCUUUACCGGUUCUGGCUGAGUGCUGGGAAUCCAUCUCAAUGGAUUUCGUCUUCGGGUUACCCAAAGACGCACGCGGGAAUACGGGUAUUCUCGUAUUUGUUGACAGAUUCAGCAAAAUGGUACACCUUGUGGCUGUACCAGAGACAAUCACGGCAAGUGGAUGUGUUUGUGUCUUUAUCGACACCAUCUUCCGACUUCAUGGGUUGCCCCGUGAACUCGUAUCAGACAGAGAUCCACGAUUAA